UGCGUGGAGCGGAUAUCCACGUCUGAACGUUUGUUGCAAGAAGUUGUUGAUUUUCAAUGAAAUCUCAUAUCUAGUUGCUAUAGCAGGUUUCGGUUGAAAGCCGAAAAUGUCGUGGCUGUCAGCUGUAACCGGGAAAGCUGAGGACUUUCUGAACAAGCUUGAUCAGUCUGCUGCCACAACAUUUCAUCAUGCAGAUGCACCUCCAACCCAGAUCACCACACCAUCCACACAGCAGAUCACUGUUGGAGGGUCCAAGUCUUCCUCACAGAUUCUGUCCUCCUCUUCCCAGAGUGUCCCCUCACGUCUCAAGGACUUAAAGGGAAGUGUCAACCCCACUUCGGGUUUUGUCAGUUCUCCUGUCAAACAGACUCCAGUGAAAACAGCUGCUCCACCUAAACCAGCAGCUGCUAGUGUCAGCGAUACUAAGGUAAAGAAGGAUACCGAUGAGGCUUUGUUUGAGUUCCUCAACAGUAAGGACCCGGUGGAGAGUAAGAAGAAGGCUGCAACGCCAGUGAGUAGUCGUCAUCACUCUAGACAGUCCAGCACUUCAUCGAAUGUUUCCCACAAAGAUGUCCGACCUCCUGUUGUAGAGGUUACAAGUCAGGUGGAAGUUGUUUCUUCAGAGCAGACACAAGAAGGAGAAUCUCAGCGUGAAAGCCCAACUGGUUCCAAUGCAUCAGCUGACAUUGAAGCUCUGGCUGAUGCCAUGCAAGAAUCCCCAGCGAACAGUGAACACAGUAGUGCUGGGGAUAUUGAGAAGGGAGAUAACUCUAAACUAUCAUCACUUGAACUUGAGAACCGUCUGCUAAGAAAUGAGAUUGCAUCCUUGAAUCAAGAAAUGGCUUCAUUGAUUCAAAGGGCAAAGGAUUCCCAGAUAGAGUUGGUGAAGACCAAGAAGAAGUUGGAGGAUUAUCACAAUUCUGCGUCCAUGCAUGAUCAGUUGGUGCGGGAACUGCAGGCUAGGGAGUCAGACCUGUCUGAAUCACUGGCGGCAAAAGACUCCCAGCUGGCUGUGUUGCGUGUACGUCUAGAGGAGGCAGACCGCAGUGUUAAAGCAAGGGAGAAGCAGAUAGAGAACCUGCAGUCACACAGAGAAAGGAUCCUUAAGGACCACACAGAUUCUAGUGGCAUGCAUAGUCAGGCCUUGGAUUCUCUGAAGGAAAAACUCUCAGAAGUAGAGGCCAGUCUCAGACGGGAACAGGAUGCCUUCAAGCAUGCACAACAAGAAGCAGCUGGAAGGCAGAGUCGAUUGGAACAGGAACAACAGACAAUGGCAGAGGCUCUUACAGCUGCUGAGCGGAAACUUACAGAGGAAAGGGGAAAAGUCACAGGUAUUGCGAACCAGCUUAAGACUGCAAAGCUAGGUGUAGACUCUGCCAGGCAAGAACUCACCGACUACAAAGAAAAGGCUUCAAGAAUUUUACAGAGCAAAGAGAGGCUGAUAUCAAGCCUGCGGGAAGGAUCAGGAGUAACUGGUGAAGUAGCAGGGGUGUCCAGUUUGGAGCAUGACUCCUUGAAACAGGAGAAGGACAUGCUCAAGGAUGAACUGCAGCAGACCAAGAUGGUCUCAGAGAAUCUCCGUGCUGAGAUGUUGGACUUGGAGGGACAGCUCCAGCAGGACAGUGACUCUGCUGCUGAGCAGAUCAAGUCGCUGGAGGAGCAGAUCCUGGAAGAGAAGACCAGAAAGGAAGACACCGAGCAGGAGCUGCUGAAGCAGAAACAGGAACUUCAAUAUGCAAUAGAUGAAAUCAACAAACAGAAGACUUCUUUCCAAAGCCGAAUAAGCGACAGAGAAAGAGAAAUUGAGAAACUCAGAAAUCAGUUGAUGACGAAGAGUAUCAGCAGCUCAUCUGAGGGUGAGUUAGAAUCACGAGUGCGAGCUCUGACUGACAGUCUCAUACAGAAACAGACAAUGUUGGAAGCUCUCAGUACUGAGAAGAACUCUUUGGUGCUUCAACUUGAAAGGAUGGAGCAACAAUACCGUGACAUACAGGAGUGUGUUCGGUCAACCCCAGCCGUCGUCAACGCUAAUGACGAUGAGGAAGGUAAGAUAGUUCGUCAGCGGUUGCCGGGGUUUAUGAGAGAAGGACCAGCUGACCAUGAAAUGACCAAGAGGAUGAAGAGGGCAGCCAAUGUCAUUGAUAAGUUCAGUGUUCGUCUUGGCAUCUUCUUGAGGAGGUACCCUAUCGCCCGAGUGUUUGUUAUUGUAUAUAUGGUUCUGUUGCACCUGUGGGUGAUGAUUGUUCUGUUGACAUACCAGCCGGAGAUGCAUGGAGCAGACUACCAACCCAAACCCCCACACGAGGAUCCUCAUUGAAAAGCCUUCUACUUGGAGAUUGUAGCGCUUCAGUGUAGACAUUGUUAUUGUGAUACCGACUGUGGUUCAGGGGAAUACUGUACUUAAUACUGUCCACUGACACAUGCUAGGAACGUUAUGAAGAUGAUACACUUUCUGGGAAUAUUGCUUAAAUGUUGGGAAUAUUAUUACGAUGAUAAUAUACUUCUGGGAAUAUGAUUAAGAUGUUACUCUUUCUGGGAAUAUCAUUAUAAUGGUAUACUUUCUGGGAUUAUUGAAAAAAUGAUAAUGUUUCUGGGAAGAUUAUUAAAACGAUUUACAGUCUUGGAAUAUUAUUGAGUUGAAUUAGUAUCAUGAAUAAUGAAACUUCCCCCUAGAGCUAAAAGAUAUUGAUUCUCGUAUGAUACAAUUUUUGUUUAUCUUAGAGUAUAUGUUAUAAUUUCAUAAGUAUGAGAAAUCUUGAAAAUAAUGCCAAAAUAUCUGCAGGUUUCCUGUGAAUUGCCAGUGUAUGCCUAGUAAAACCCUGACUUGAAUAAGUACUGGUACUCGGGCACAGGCAGAUAUCUGCUAAUCCUUAAUCCACACAUCAUCUUGUAUUACAUGUUGGUGUCAAUGAUCCCCACAGACAUAUAAUGUCCACUGUUUGUAUGACAUUGGUAAGGGAAGUAGUCCAGUGGUUUCAAGGGGGUUCAGCUUGUAGUGUCUGUUUAUGGAAUAAUUAUGUUUGGGAGAUAUUUGCCAUUGUUGAGGGAUAAGUAUAGACAUUCUAUGUUCAUAUUGUUCAACGUAUUUAAACAUUCUGGAUAUAUAUAGUGUGCUCAUGACUGAAGAAGCUCACUUUCAUUACAUAUGAGAUACUGGAGAGGUUGCUAUUUCAGUCAUCAUGAAAUUUCAUACUGAUACAUGCAGUGGAUGAGCCAUUCUUGACACCCUGAGUGCCAUGCAUAGACCUUACAUGUGAAUAUUUAAGUUUAUAGUACUUGUUCAGGUUUUUCAAACCAAUGCAGUGAGACUUGUCGUAUGCCAAUAGCCACAGUUUAAUGUCUUUUGUGAUAGUAUUGCUUGUUGCUUGUUUGCUAUGACAUUCAGCUUGUGCUAGAUUGGAAAGACAAAGUGACACUAUUCAAAACAUGAAAAGAUUCCCCUCUUAAGCCAUGUAGUAGUAACUCAUGAAACCUUUCAAUGCGAUGUGAGUGGUAGUCUGAUAUCGAAAUGUUAUUCUAUGUCAUAAGUAUUCUAUGCUCCUAAUUGAAGCAUUGUUUUGAUAAUGAGAUUCUUUCACUGUUAUACUGUUUAAUCAUGGAUUAAUGAAACUUUAGUAUUUAUAUUGUUUAUUUCAACUGUGACCUCCCUCAAAGUGACACUUAUGUGACACACUGCUGUUCUCAGCCGUCCUGUUUGACUAUAUUUAAAGCAUACAGUCUAGGGGAUGGUCUAAGUCUAAGUUGUAUCACUGUAUGCCCCUUUCUUAUAGUGUCAUGACCAGGCAUGUACAUAUUAGACAUUAUUUUACUAAAAGCCUUUCUCCUCACCCUUUACAAGUAACAUACUGAAGUUAUCUCCCCAUGGCAGGGGUGACGCAUGCUGUAGAACAUGUGACUGACUUACAAGUAUCGAAAGGCUAUGGACUUGUACAUGAAUACUAACAUAUGGACCUGUUGCAUUUAUAACAACACAGCUGUAUGAUGUGAAUUAUCAGAUAUCAUGUGAAUAAUAAGAUAUGAAUAAUUAGGUAUCAUGUGAAUUAUAAGAUGCAUGUGUAAGUGGGAAUGUAUUGUGUCGAGAUCAAAAGAUUUAUUUUUGUUGUAUAGUAUUUGCCAUGUUAAUUGUAGUUUGAAUGUGUGUGCAAGUUAGUGAGUGUAUACUUAUUUUGGUGUGUCUGCGUUCAAGGAACUUCACGUCAAA